AUGCCUUCGUACGACAAACAAGUCUCCGAACCUGCUGCUUAUAGCCCCCGGUCCGUGGAUUCAGACUCCGGUCGAUCAUCCGCCGAGCGGAAGUACUCCUAUAUGUCCACCAAGUCAUCCGCACCCGUGUCUCCUGGGCUGGCUCCCAAAGUCCAACUGGUGCCCUAUGCCCGGACAGCCAGUUUUGAUAUAUCUUUCUCGGAUGUGGAGAGGGAGUUGAUGAACAAGGCCAACUUCGACUCCCUGGACCUGUCGUCACAGGACUUCGACUUUGAGGAUAUCUUCACGUACGACAAGCCUCAGAAGAAGCUGACCAAGGUGGUCGAGGUGUCGAGUCCUACCCGAGAUUAUCGAGAUUGGUCAAAUUUCUCCUUCAGUCAUUACUCCGCCGCCGUCAAUGCUCGGAACAAAGUGAACAAGCAGAGGACGGGUAUUUGA